AUGAGUGAUGAUAAGACGGGCGCCGACGGCCUCCACACCACUGGCCUCACCACCGACGAGGCCCUCAAACGGCUCUAUCAGCAGAUCGACGAACAGCUCCAAGAAAGUCGAUUAACCAUCACCUCAUGUCUUCAGAUGACAAUCCACACCAGUGUCUCACACUAUCCUUACCACUACCUCCAGGUGCGACCGUCUGGCGCCGACACCACGAAGUAUCUGCUGUUGGAAUCGUUCGGGUACUCAUCGAUCAGUUCCACAUUCAGGUGGACAUCGAUGGCACUGCUCUUGUACUCAACGAUCGUCUAUUACAUCGGCUAUGGUUUCGGUCACUUCACGGCUCGCGUUCCACUCCUCAUCGAAGCCACGAUUCUUGUGGUGAUUCUGGUCUUCAACACUGGCCUCACCUUCUGGAACACGAAGUCCCGACACCUGGAGAUCAGACGCAAGGCUCGCCUACUGUCCCUUCAGAUCAAGCAGUGCUAUAACAGCCAAAAGUUGAUCGACUUAUGGAAAUCCAUGCGAUACUACCCGCACCUCAACACUCCUCAGUCGCCCUGUAUUUCCCUUCAGUGGACUUUCCGCGACCGCCGACGAGUCAAUCUGCCGGUGCCUCUGCUGGUGGCCGGAGAUGUCAUUCUGUUGAGCCCCGGGAGGGCAGCGCCAGCCAAGUGCCGGUCCAUCGAACAGGUCGUGCCGUUAGUGGUGGCGCCCAAUCAGACAUAUCCCGGCUCUGAAGCCUCGGUCACCAUCACAACGACCGCCACAACGGCCACUGAAUACUAUCUAAACGCCGGCGAACUCUUCGUGCCGUCCGUCGACUUCGCCGCCGACUCGUUCGCCAUCCCUCGCCUGCGACGAGCGGCCAAACCCAUCCGUUUCGUAGUCCUCGAGACGCCGUUUAUCACUGACCUGAAGGCAGCCCUCUCUCGACAGUCGACCCGCAACUACGCCACCGCUUUCGAGAAGGAGCUGAACCUGAUAUCCGUCCGCUAUGUCGAGCGCCUCAUAAUACCACUCAUUUGGACGAUAGCCACGUUGGCAUCGGUUGUCCACUACGGAUACCUGGAGUCGUUGGGCAACGAAAUGGUGACCACGUGGUCGGCAUCGAUCACACUGUUGCUGUUGAGACCGGUGUUGGCUAUACUACCAUUGCUGCCACUGGCACUACCACUGUGCUGGCUAAUGCUCAAUGUGUACGGCUUGUCGCAUCUGUUCCAAGUCUGUGCCUCUAAUUUCGACAAACAGGACAUCACUAACAUUCAGGGCAGUCCCGGCAGUAUACUCACCGGUAGUAACAUUGGCCGCGCGAAGGAACAGUACUUCAAGUCAAGCAAAGAGUUUUAUAUGGAGGAACUGGAUUCAGAGCGCUCUAACGUACCGCUCAUCGACUCGAAGCUCAGCUGUUUUGAUAUGAUCUUCAAAAUGAAAGACCUGUUGUCCAGUAACGACACUAACCUCUGGCGUACGGCUAAUCUGCUACACGUCUUGGGAAGUAUAACUGCCUUUUGUUGUGUCGACAAAAAGGGAAUCCUCUCGUGGCCUAACCCUACUGUCGAUAAAGUAUUUUUCUUAACCGCCAAUCACUCGAAGAUUAAUAAAAAUGUUUCGGACGACGAAAGCGACAGCGAUUCCGAAGACGACACGGAUUCCGAUCGCAAUCAAAGCCACGAAAAGGACAAACGAAAGCAUAAAACUUCAUUGAUGUCGAGCUCGAAGGCAGAGGCCAUGCAACUCGACAUAACCCACGACCCGCACAACGCCUAUGGCCUCCAGUUUGACGACACGGAGUGGCAGAAGUACUUAUCAAACCUGAAGCCUCUGGGGUUAGCCAUACUGUUGAACACUUGCAACCAAGAGGCUCAGGAGGAGUUCAUCCAAUUCUGUGAUCACGUGGCCUGUGAGUCGUUACACAAUGAGGCGGCUGUUCCGGUGGUGAACAAGCGGUGUCUGUGUGAACUGGCCCGACAGAUAGGGUUCACUGAGAAUGCCAUCAAAGGCUAUGAAUACAACUCACAGAUCGCAAUGUUUCGACACAUCCGGCCCGAAGUCAUACAAAAGGGAAAGUUGGCUAAGAGUCUCAACUUUCCGCGCCUUAAGAUGCCUUUCCCUAACAUGACAUCAGCGGUCAUUAAAGACGUCUAUUCCAACACAUUCCAGAUCUUUAGUCAGGGAACGGGUGAUCUGGUGCUGGACGCCUGUACCGAAUACUGGGACGGACACGACCUGUCGGUGCUGACCGACUCGGACCGCAAGCGAAUACUCGACUUUUACCACCGAAGUAGUCUCACCUCCUAUUGCACCGCAUUUUCUUACGUUCCGCUGAAUUCACUGCAGGAAACCCUUAGUCUAAACGACUGUUACAUUGAAUUGACUCCCGAUUCGAGUCAUUUGUUUCCAUCCCAGAAGAGCUUAGACUUGAGUUUGCGAUCGUCUGAACAUCACCACCACAACCACCUACAGGUGAUCGCCGGCGAUAAGUUUGCCACCUCCAAGGCCUCCAGAGCCAUCACUUGUCAUCGGACUCCCUGCAUCCGAUUCGUGCACUUUUCCAAAGAGAAUGAGUUGAGGAGUCGUGUGUUCUCUGAGAAGAUGGGUCUGGAGUCGGGCUGGAACUGUCACAUCUCACUCCUCAACGAUGACGUCCACCACAUCGAUGGCCAAUACGGAGGGGCCAACGCCUCCCAGUUGUAUCACUUCUGCGACACAUCGAAGGGCUCGAAGACGUCGUUAAUACACGAGACGCAGACCAUUGCCAUCAACACUGUCUGCCGGUCCCAAAGCGCGCCGGGAUCUGUCAAUCUGGAGAUCUCUACCGUUAAGUUCGCCGAUGACUGCGAUGUUGACGCCAAUGAUCACAACGAGAGUGUCGGCAGUGAUAGUCAACAGGAGCUGAACGCAGAUAACGGCGCUCUAUUGCAACGCACGCCCAGCGAUGGUGACAAUGACAGCCGGCGUAUGAGUAAAGCCACGUCCAAUCUAUCGCCCAGUCCUUCCCGGGUCACCACCAGCACCGGCACCGACAAUAGCGCGCCCAUUGCCUUCGACAUGUCCAACCGCGCGAAACUUCCCAAAGGCAUUGAAAACAUACGGCCGCACCUGGAGAGCGUGGAUAACGUUCCCCUAUUAGUCUCACUGUUCACAGACUGUACGGCCGACGCCACCAAAGAGAUGAUACGAAUAAUGCAAGAGUACGGAGAAGUGGUGUGUGUUGUGGGCAGUGCUGCCAAUAUUGCCAACGUUCCCAUAUUUCUUCAGGCGGAUGCCAGUAUUGGUGUGGAGCCGAUGUACCCACAGGUGUGCAUAACGGAGCCCAUCAAAGAGGCCGACGGUUACAUUGAAUCUCUUCCGGACAACUUCGUGGGGCCCACAGAUUUGGCGCGACAGUUGGUCACCCUUCCCUGCUCGCUAUCGCUAUACCGCCAGAACUCUAUUAUCUUCUAUCAGUUGAUCCUCGAGGCGCGACAUUAUAUGUUGAAAAUGCGGAACUGUUUCCAAUUCUUCCUCAGCUCUUGUCUUAGUCUGAGUUUAGCCCAACUCUUGACUUCGUUGCUAUUCCUGCCGCCACUCCUGUCACCGGGCGUUGUCCUGUGGUUGGCUUGUAUUGUACUUCCAAUCUUGAGCUCUUCGCUAAUGGGAACCGAUGUGGACGACAAAGUGAUGACAAUCGCCACCGGAAAGAAGUUGCAUUUAAAUAAAGAGGUUUUCAUUGAUUUUUACAUUACAUUGACUCGAGAUAAUGAUGACCGAUGUCUGACUCCCAUUGUCUUCCAGAGUAUACUCUACUUCUUCAUGUGUUACUUAAUAAAGUUCGCGCCGUCAGUAUUAGUGAGUGUUUUGUGUUUCGGUCUAAUCAUUGGCCACUCGUGUCACGACAUGCAUGUGGGUCUCCUGACAGCCGGUCCCUGUUGGAUGUUCUCAGACGUCAAAGCCAACACAACCGUCAAAACAGCCGACUUCUUCUGGGCCUCUCAUCUACUCAUUGGUCAGACAAUCGCCUCAUUAUUCCUCGUCUUAUAUAUCGUUUGUACCGCUUUUUCAGUGAUCAUAUCAAUCGGUUUUGUUCACCGAAAUCAUCUGAUUUGGCAAAGAAGUCCACUGACCAACAAGUGGUGGAUAUUCAUAUCAAUCGGACUGUUGAUCAGUCACGCGUUGCUCUGUUUGAUUGAAAUCAGUCUUUACGUGCGAUCCGUGCGUAUCGCCACUCAAUUCAUUGCCUCCAUUCCCGUCUACGUCUGGUGUUUGGGAUUCUUGUGGCCAUUGCUUCUCAUAUCCAUCAAUACUAUCACUAAAAGACACGAAAUUAAGUACGAAUUGAAGCGAUUAGUUUAUUUCCGACAGCAGCGAAGGGCUCGACUUGAGUUCGGCACUAAACUCGGAAUGAAUUCCCCCUUUUGAUUGCCAUUCAUGCAUAGACUUACCAUUAUUAUGUCAAUUAUACCUUAUAAGCAUAUGCCGUUUACUCAUUAGCACCGGUACCAAUAUCCAAGUCUUAUAUAAUGUUUGUACAAAAUUAUCAAAUAUUUUCUACGGUAAUCAUUGCACGUUCGAAGGGAACGGUAUUUUCAAUGUUUGUUAUAUUUUUGUAAUUUAUAUCCUAUAUAAUCCCUUUGUAUUGUUAUUAAGUCUAUAUAUUUGUAAAAUAUGCGUAA